AUGGCUUCCAAUAUUGCUGAGUAUGAUUAUUUAAUUAAGCUCCUGAUUAUAGGUGACUCAAGAGUGGGUAAAACUUCAUUAUUAAUGAGGUAUGUAGAUCAAAAUUUUGCUAAAUCAAUGCUUUCUGCUAUUGGAGCAGAUUUCAGAUUUAAAUCAAUAGAAAUAGACAGAGAAAUAUUUAAACUGCAAAUUUGGGAUACUAUGGGAAAUUAUCGAUUUACUAAUUACUUUAAAUCUUAUUUUAUGUGAGCUCAAGGAAUAGUUUUUGUGUAUGAUAGCUCAAAUGAAGAAUCUUUUAAAAGUAUCAAAUUCUGGAAUGAUAGAGAAGAUAAAGUAAUCGAGAAAUCAAGAGCACUAGAACUCGCAAAAGAAAUCAAUGCCGAAUUUUUUGAGGUAAGUGCCAAAGAUGGCAGAAAUGUCAAUGAAGUAUUUGAAUAUUUGGUAAUCGAAAUAAAAAACUGAAUUAAUUGUGUUUUCGAUGCCGCUAAUAUUAUAUAA